AUGGCACAAGUUGGUAGCCUAAAUAAUGAUUCUUUCUUGUUUAAUCACCAUAAUCUUGAUCAUGGUAAUUCUAAUUCAUUAUCAAAAAUAUUUCAUCUACAACUUCCUGAAUUAAUUACUUCAACACAAAUAAAUCGAUCAGCUCCAUCCAGUGCAUGUCCAUCUGAUGAUUCUGGAAUUGAAAGAACUUUGAAUCUGAGUCCAUCAUCCCCAUUUCCUGAAGAUACUGAUUCAGAUGAUGCUCAAUCAUUUAUCAGCUUUGAUGUCAGGCGUUCAGCCAGUCAGUUGCAGAUGCCUCAUCAUCCGUUGAAAUUGGGCCAUUGUCAUUUCGGCUCUGCUGUUAAUUAUGUUGAUUCGGCCAGACUUUCGCCUCCUGGGACCUGUGCAGCAGCGGUCGACGAUAAUUACUAUCCUGUAGCAAGUCCUAGAUCAAGUAAACCUGAAGUUAAAAGUGGGAAUCGUUUUCAAAUUUUAUCAUAUGAACGAGUGACUAAGUUGCACUGCGUUUUGUCGAAAACCAUUCCGAUCCAUAGCAGAUACCCAGGAUUUCCAACUAUUAUGGUCAAGCUCCAUGAUUUGUUUAGGGAAGUUCGGGGAAAUCUUAAAGCAGCUGGGAUUCCUAUUCGAAAUAUUCGUCUAAACGGUGGUGCUGCCUCAUAUAUUAUUGGACAAGAAGAUUAUCCCGUCUAUAAUGAUAUAGAUGUUUUGAUAUCUGUUGAUUUAAGCUCAAAUAGUUCAACAUUUCAAAAAGUGAAAUCAGCUGUGCUGAAUGCGUUGAUAAGUUUCUUGCCAGAAGACAAAAUAAUAGAACCCUCUCAGCAGCAUGAUAUUUCCAGUCAACCUCAAAUUAACUCAAGUUGUGAUCUCCAAUCUGACGAUAAUGUUCCAACAGUACCAGGACGUGGUCAAGAAAUGUCACCUAACAGUUCACCUGUAACAAUUAAGAGUCAUUUCAGUUCUACGGAGUUGAGGCAUAUUGACAAUGGGAAAGUGAACAAUACUAUAAAUUCGAAUUCUACUGAAAAAGAAUUUGGUAAAACUGUUGAACUUAAACGCAUGAACGAUAUCACUCAGAAUCAAUGUGGUGUUCAGACGCUUGGUAUCUCACGUCCCAACCUUGUUGAGUGUUCCUGUCAAAGACAACGGAAUAAUCCUAAACCGAUAUAUUUCCCUCAUUUAUCCUUUAUGCAUCCAGGGCAGCAAUCUAUCUACAAUACUCAUUCCCCAUUCAACAAUCUUAAUGUAAACGCUAUGUACAGUAUUCAAAGUUCUGCUUCCGCUCCUAAUAGUUCUAGCCAUUCAGAUGGAUUUAGUUUACGCGAGUCAUAUGUGUACAAACAAUUCCGUAAAUUUAGUCAAGAUGAUGAUUGUUGGUCACUUUUAUCCCUUGGUUUCCCUUCUUCCGAUUCAAAAGUAAUUGAAUUCAAAUUUGUUGAUCGAAUGAAACGAAAAAGCAUAACUCCACACUUUUAUCCGACAAUUGUUGCUGAAUCAGUAUCUGGAUCGUUUUCAGAAGCAUUUUAUCACUUAGAGAAUAAACUAAUUGCAACCACUGAACCAGAAAUGAUUCGUGGAGGUGGUCUUUUGAAAUACUGUCGACUUCUGGUUAGUGGAUAUAAACCUGCUGAAGGAGUUGACGUAUAUACACUUGAAAAAUACAUGAGUUCCAGAUUUUUUAUUGAUUUUCAAGAUUUAUCCAGUCAAAAAGUUAAAUUAGAAGCUUUUUUAGCGAAUCAUUUUGCAGAGCAUGAAAUUUCUUUAAAAAUCAAUUAUUUACGCAUUUUAUAUCAAGUUGUAAGUGGUUCCACUAUAUGUCUUAUGUCUCAUGAACAUUUUCAAACUUUAAAUCUUAUCGGAGAACUGUUACGCUAUCUUAUGUAUUAUUAUUAUUAUUACCAUUUUAAUCGUUCAUCUUUAAGUUUGGAAUGGUUCGCUGAAAAACAAAAUCUUGUUCUAGAUAAAAUUUAUUUUGGUACACAGCUUUUUCCUGUAAUUUCAAGAAGUGAAUCUUAUUCAAAAAAUUGUUUUUGUUUUUACAAGCAUAAUAAAUCAUCAUCUGAUCUUUCUACGAUUCCUCUGAAUGUUGCUAAAUUUUCAUCAACAAAUUCUAAUUGUAAUUCUACUGAAAUCUUUUCAUCAACAAAGUCAACAUUUGACACAGAUAAUGAUCCUACCAGUGAUAACAUUGUAGAAGAAAAAACAAAUGAAUUGAAAUUGGACUUGCCUACAGAGUGUGACGAAUCAUCAUCAACUGACUGAUUAACUGUAUGAGACUAUGAUGUUUAAAUCAGCUUUAAAAAAACUGUUUAUGUACUUCAUUGAAAUUGUUCUGUUCUAUGCAAACCGU